AUGCGAACCUGGGCCUCUAGGCCACAAGCCACUCCCAGCGCUCAGUUGCCUGAGGGCAGCAGUACAAUUCAGAUGAUGGAGAACCCCCUCUUUUCUCUUAAAAGUGUUAUUGCUACCUGGCAGAACACCAGUCCUUCCUGGGUAUUGGAUACCAUCUUUGGCCUCCUGUGUGGACUGCUGCUCUUCCUUGUGACAGUCCAUUUCUGGGAGAGAGAUCAGUCCUUACCACCUCCAACGAAACAUAGAAACAGCAGGAAGCGUUCAAUGGAGCCUAAAAGGAGGAGCAGGAGCAGGAGCAGGAGCAGGAGCAGGAAGAAAAGUGGAAUUUUGAAAGCCUGCAGAGAGUGCCUGCAAGAACUGGAGGAGGCUCGGAGCCUCAUUUCUCUCCUUGGAAGCCACCUGGGCAGGCCCCCCGAACAGGGUGGCCUUCAUCAGUUCUCCUGUCAAGACUCUCCUGAUGAGGUGUGCAAAGCAGCGCCCGCUGAAGCCCACCUGCCGGACGGAGCCCACCUGCCCGGCGGGGAGCCUGCGGAAGAUGCUGCUCCCGCCAUAUCCCCGUCGGCUUCUCCGGCUCCUCUGACACUGUGUCCUCUACCUCUGGCCUCUACCCUGUCAGCGGAACAUCAAGACCAGUCUGACUUGAAGGGAACCCCACUGGGUACCAUUGUAAAGAGCUCACCUCCCAGUAACUCCAUUGUGGCACUGCCCAACCGAGCCAUCUCCCGCGUUGGCCGCUCAAGCUGUCCCCUUCCAGCCCUGUCCUGGUGGCAGGAGGCUGCCAGAGCCUUGUACCUCUCAACCUCAUCACAGCGCAAGUCCCAGCGAGAGCACUUGUCCCACCACCCGCCCAAGGCCUCAUUCCGGGGAGGCCCCACAGACAGGCAGGUAGAGCCUGGUAGCCUCUCAUUUGUCAACCCUGGAGUCCAGAGGCUGCUGGAGAUUCUGCUCACCAAGAGGGCAGAACUGAAGAUGUGGAAGGAGAAGGAAAAGGAGGGGUCACUUUCAAAGCAAAUGGUCCCAGAAUGCCACCUGCGCUCUUUGGGGAGUAUGUGGAAGUCCCUGGGUGCUGAGCAGGACACCCCAACCCCCCAACCCUUCUGGAGCCUGAGGGACAAACAAGAGCAGGUGCCGGGUCCUCAGCAGUUGUCACAUAUCAAGUUCCUGGAGGAGCAUCUCCAGCAGAAAUGCAGCCAGCUCUUCUGGGGUCUCCCCUCUCUGCACAGCGAGUCCCUGGUGGCUACUGCCUGGAGGGACUUUAUCAGGCCUAAUCUCCAGAAGCUACAUCUUCAAAAGAGGCUCGUGGAGGAUGAGCAGCGUGGCGGUCUGCACUUCAAGGUCCAGGUGUCUCUGGAAUUGAGGCAGCCUCAAGGCCAAAUCCCCCAGGUGUGUCAGGUACAAGAUAAGCAGGGGCCCUUGCAUCUCUCUGUGUUUGCAAGUAAAAGCAGCCAGGACCCACAGAAGAUGGAGUCCAGGCACCAGAGAAAGUCCCAAGGGAAAGGCCAACCAAGGGAAGACUUCAGUAGGUGUCUACAGCAAUGUAGGAGGAAGAGGAGCCCAAAAGGUUUCUCCAGAGACUCAGCUACCUUUGUAGUGAAGGCUCUGGGAAUCAGCUCCAAAAAGAAGUCAGAAAGAGACUUGAAGCCCUCAAAGAGUGACUCAGGAACUUGCUUACCCAGAAGCACAGAUCAGAACCAUUUGGUCCGGAAGUCAGAGCAGAUCGAUCAGGACUUGGACCCUCUGAGAGUGGAUCAACCCUGGCUUGCUGACAACCAUUCUUUUCCCAAGGGCAACACUCACAUGGAAACCAGAAAUCUAGCAACUUCAGAGAGUCGGGAACAUUACGUGAACACCUCUUGCGAGCUUUCCUUCCUCAGUCCCAGCACUCGACAGAUGCUGGAAGAACAUUUUCUAAAGUUUCAGGUGAGGUGCGAGUGUGGCCUGUCCCUCCAGGCCUUUGAGCCCAUAAAUCUCAAGCUACAUGAGGCUCAAUAUUUGCACCUUCCACAGUCCCCUUUGCCCAGUUCAGCUGCUUGUGUACCUGAGGUCCACUCAAAAGCCAAGUUCACCAAGGCCUUGGGAAAACCUCCUCAGGCCUUUUCAGAAGAGGUGAUAACAAAAGAGUCAGGUCGCCUCCCCACCACCUCUGUGAAUGCAAGUAAAAGCAGCCAGGGGUCAUUUGAGAAAAGCCAGAAGUCCAUUGAAGGGACACUGUCUGGUUCUGGCCAUGGGCUCUCAGAGGCCCCUCGGAUUAAAAAAGAGAACAGGCCGUCUUCUCAGUCCCUCACACCUAUCCUCCAUGGAAAAACCCAGCAGAACCGUACUGCCAUGGAUGUUAAGAAAAAGAGCCCGAAGUCAAAUCCAAGUUCAACAAUAGCCAGGAAGGAGGCAAAGCAGGAGAAAGGGACUCAGACUCCAGAAGAUCCCUGCCAGAGGCCAGCGAUACUAGAAAAGAAGGUAUCAUCCCACUCUUCAAGGGCUGAAGAGUCCAGGAAGGCAGAGGAGGCUGAGAUGGACCCUGCUUGGGAAGUCAUUGUGGGACCCAGCGUGCUGGGCAAUAUUCAGACCACUAAUACGGAGAUGAAGAGAUCAGGGUCUCCAGGACCCAUUCAAAGGUCCUCACCACUUGCAAACUCAGUUGCCCAAGAUCUAAAAGAGCCAUGCCUUACAACAAAGAUGGCCAGUAAGUUUGAGCUCCAAGGGAAGGUAGAGCCAGGGAGCCAGCUUCCAGGCCACGCCCCUGGCUUGCUUCUUCCAGACUGUUACAGUGACGUCCUCCUGCAAGACUACACCACCGGCAUGCUCAUUCAAGACGACGUCACCAACGUGCUCCUGCAAGACCCUCACACGGAUGUGCUGCUCGCUGCCGACCUCUUGGCUUCUCACUGGGCACUGUGCGGUUCCCAGGGGAAAAAAACCAGUGGGGACAUGCCAGCUGCCCAGGGGCCAUAUAACCUCAUAUGGAGUAGACAGAGCAGCCAGGGGCAGCAGGCACCCGGGAUAUCAAAAGUUAAGGCCCCUUGGCAGAGCCAAAGAAAAAUGUUGGUCCCCACUGAUCAGAGGGAGGACAAGAGGAGGCCCAAACCAGGACAGCACAAAGAAGGGCUGGCAGAACGGAGGACCUCACAAGCCAGAGGGAUGAGCCACCCCCCUCAGGUGAGGGGUAAAGGAGACACCCUCCGGAGGAAAUACCUCCAACGCCUGCCAGAGGAAGAAUUGGUUUUUGUAGAAUGCAACUGUACAAAAAAGAUGAGGCACUCUCUACAGGACAAAGGACCAAAAGACCCCCUUCAAAAAGGCCUGCCUGCCUCAGCCAUUGGCCGGAGCCAGGAACCAGUCAAAAGCAGAUCGUGUGUGGACACUAGGCCUGUUGAAGCUCAGGCGAUCAUGACAGCUGUGGGGCAGAUCCUGGUGGAGAAGUUAGCAUGUCACCAAGAACUUCAUGCCCAGGAGUUCAAUUAG